AUGUUACACGAGAAUAUCACGCAGCUGUCCUUCAAGUCGGUACAGUCACGCUUCAACACGCGCUAUUUCUCGAACUUCACCACCCAGCUCGUUAACGGCACGGUCUUUAAUGACUGCCAUCUCACUGAGCGUUUGGAUCCCGGUGUACGCUGUCAUCUGGAAUUUCAACUGCGCAUCGCUAAUUCCAAGAUUUAUCAGUCACUUUUCGAUUUCGAUAUCGAUGUUUGUGGCACGAUAAUAGCGCUUAAAGAUCACUUUCUUAAGAGUUGGUAUCGCAGCCUCUUGAAGUACGGUAAUUUUAUGGAGAAUUGUCCGUUCCAUCCCGAUCAUUACUAUUUGAAUGGUUGGCAAUUGGAGCCGGCAUUGUUUCCCAAAUAUCUUUAUCCUGGUGAUUACAAAAUAAUCGCACUUAUUUAUUACGGACAGUAUAAGAAGAAAAAAAUGGAUUUCGUGUUCGAACUGCAAUUGGAAGCUACUGUCUUGUGA